AACCUCGCAAUCUCAUACUCGCGAUCAGGCUGUCGACUCGACGACAACUCUUCCUUGUGCCAGUGCUUCACCCUCCGUCACGAAUCGCAGUUUGCAUUCUGCUUCCCGAGAGUAAACUUCAGGAGAAAACUUGCCUCUCACCGACGACUUCCGAAAUGGCUCGAAGGAUCGCAGUGCUAAUUGUCAGCUUCGCGCUCGUCUUGGCGGUUCGUUCAGAUGAAACUUUGAAGUGCUACAUGUGUACUUCGCUAACGAAUCCCGGUUGUGAUAUAGAUCCAAAGGCACACAAGAUUGAACCUGUUGAAUGCACUGUUAACAACAUGAUUGAAUGGCAAAAAAGUGUCCAAAGGCAUCAGAUUUUAAAUCCGAUUUCUACAAUUUUUGAAAUCGACAAUUCCCAACAUUAUCAGGCUACUGCUCCAAUGGCAUGUGCUAAAAUGACUCUUACGGUUAACAAGCAAGACAUCAUAGUAAGAAAUUGCCAGACUGCGAAAACAGAGACCAUCGAUCCAUGCAAAGCGAUAGGAGGAAAAGUCUCUAACGAUAUCUUCAACCUGCAACACUGUGAUCUAUGCAUGGAGGACGCUUGCAACAGUGCAAUCACAACUUCACCAAGAAUUUUCUUCACUUUGAUAUCCGCUCUUGGAGCUAUAGUUUUGGGUUCUUUCUACAACGUCGCGUAACCUUUAUAUAUCGAGUUAUAGAAUUGAUUGCGAUUGUCCUCUGAGAUAUUUCACAAUCAAUUCAUAGUGUAUUCUAAAACUUGGAAACACACACAUAUAUGCAUAUACAUUGUUCAUUGAUAUUCCACGUCGUUUCACAAGUAUGACUCACAUAAUGGAUAUUGGCGACAUAAAAUAAAAUA